AUGUCCACUUCCUUCUUGCUUCCUCACCUAGUGGUCUCCAUGUCUGUCUCUGUCAAUUGCCAGCCGAAUGCGCUCCCUGCAUCGCAGUGCGAGUGGACUGCCGAUCCGAACGACUGGGGUCACUAUCGCUGGCGCAUGGAGCAAGUUAAUGUGAUAGAAGGACAGUCACAAACGGCUGACAGAUUGGAUCAGCGUUUUCUUUGUCUGCACAGACCACAGACACUUCAGAUCACGGGACCACUGGUGUCUCGGAUGUGGAGCCCAUCCAUAGGAACCGGACAUCCCUCUAGUUCUGAACCAGUUCACGUAUUGGAGAAUGAAGCCGAGAUCCCGCAAUGUCUCACUCUACUGUAUCGUGUCUUUCCCGGAUCUGCUGGAGUGCCGGAUAGCUCAACUUCACCUACACCUCAGUUGUCUAUUUUGCGGAGACAGCUUCCCUGUUCCUGGACUGUUGAUCAAAACGACUGGGGUGGUGUCAAUUGGGAACGUCAAACACUAUUUGGCGAACGUCUCGGAUCUCAACCGGAAAUGGUCACCUGCCUGAAAUCCCAAAACGAACUGCUGGGACACGCCGAAUCAUUGGUUUCGCGAUUAUGGAGUCCUCCAAUUCGUUCGCUUAGCACAGAUGUAAAAUCCACAUCGGCAGAGUCAACCUCGCCUCAGUGUUUGCAAUUUUCAUACCAGCUUCACUUUGGAGAAUCAGUUACUUCUCUUCCGGAGAAAGAGCCUAGUCUUUCCCUUUUAAGAAGACAGCGAGGGUAG